CCACGGAUUGGUCGAAGGUCCAGUGCAAGAACUGCGGCGAGAUGGGCCACACCGUUAAGCGCUGCAAGAAGAUUGUGGAAGACGGUGAUGGCAGCGGUGGUUUUGGCGACUCUGCUGGCUUUGGUGGUGCUGACGCCGGUGCUACUGGAGACUGGGGCAAUGGCGAUACUAACGGUGCUGCUUCUGGUGGUUGGGAUGCUGGUGCUGGUGCCGCUGAGGUGACCGCCGGUGGCUGGUAGAUGGAUCUUUCUCUGCUUGCUCCUAGGAGUUUGCCUGGAUCACUCACGACUCAAGAGUGUCCAUCAUGGACAUGUCGAUUCUCUUGCGGCAUUCAUGGUUUACGGUUCUUCAGGGGUAGACCAAAGCGAUAGAUUGCUUUGGCUUCAUUUCAAGGUGGUUUCUUCGGUCUUCUCGUCAUAAAAAAUGCAGAAGCUGUGGAUAAGAAGUAACAGGUAAGUG